UACGUUGUGCAUGUUGCGUUUAACAGCGAUGAGCUGAAAGGGCUCUUUUUUACAUGAAUUACAUGACAUAGGACAGUCAGUACAGUCUUAAAAAUAAACAUCUCUGGUUGUCGGAACACUUUUAAGAAGCAGGGCGCGCGCGCGCGCGCGGGGAAAAGUUUCGCAGUUGUUUAUGUCCGUUCCAGUUCCUGAUUCUGUGUACGUGCGCGUGUGCUGGUAUUUCUCUGCGUUAACGCGUGCACGCUGCACGAUCACGCCACAUUAGCGCGCGUUGAUGUGCGUGUAAACGGCGCGAGCAUGGACUACAUUCUCACUUGGACGGGUUCGGGUGCGCGAGCUGUCAGAGACGUGAUUUCCAACCGAAUCUGGCCCUCCACAAUGCGGGAGGUUCACUUCACAGACUACUCCGAGCUGUCUCAUGGUUCCACCAGCGCCCAGCCUCACAGCACAGAUACCGGCCAGAAGAAGACCCCUGACAAGAAGGAUGGACGGCGUAUGUCCUUCCAGCGACCCAAGGGGACCAUCGAGUAUUCCGUGGAGUCACGGGACACUCUGAACAGCAUAGCGCUGAAGUUUGACACCACCCCCAACGAGCUGGUUCAGCUCAACAAGCUGUUCUCCAGAGCCGUCGUCCCCGGACAGGUUCUGUAUGUACCUGAUCCUGAGUAUGUGUCAAGUGCAGGCAGCUCCCCAUCCCUCAGCCCCAUCAGCCCCCUGUCUCCCACUUCCUCCGAGGCCGAACUAGAGAAGGACUCUGAUGGAGGUCCUCGCUCAGACGCCCCAGCCUCGGCACCGCCGGCUUUCUCGGCUCUGCGCCACUCCCGUAUCGUCUCGUCCACCUCGGAAGAGGAGGAGGCGCUUACUGAGAAGUUCCUCAAAAUCAACUGCAAGUACAUCACAGAUGGCAAGGGUGCUGUAAGUGGGGUGUUGCUGGUGACACCCAACAACAUCAUGUUUGACCCUCACCGGACAGACCCCCUGGUACAGGAGCGCGGCUGUGAGGAGUACGGCAUCAUGUGCCCGCUGGAGGAGGUGCAAUCUGCAGCCGUGUAUCGAGAGAUCACAGACAGCAAGAUCCGCGAAUCCUUGCCCGCGGACAUCGACGCAUGGUUCUCGGGGCCUGUUCAUCAUGCAGAACUGCGUCUGAGAGAGGCGUACGACAGCGGCAGCACAGCACCACGCAGCACGGACGCCUCACUCUCCGAGGACGUGUUCACCGAGCCUGAGCUCUCACCUAUCCGCGAGGAGCAGCCGUCCACCCAGCAGCUCCAGAGUGAGGAUCAGUCGUCCUCUGAAUCCGUACACACAGUCAGUCACGAGCCGGAGGAAGAGGCAAAGGACAAGGAAGAAGAAAAGACUGAGGGAGACACAGCAGGAGAACGCGCAAGUGCUUCAGAUGAGCCCAAAAGCCAGGAGCAGCUUAGCACACCAACCAGCAGGGACCAACAACUGCACCAGCCGCAAACCACACCCGCCACGGUGGUCACAGAUCAGGAACGUGACCCAGACGAGGCUAAAACUACCAGAGACGGCAAGCGGGACUCGGAAACUGAUGUGGAGGAGCUGCGAAAGAUGUGGAAGUGUCACACUAUGCAACAGGCCAAGGAGCAGCGAGAAAACGUACAGCACACACAGAACGAAACUGCGUCAUGCAAAGGCAGUCAAAGGCAGGGCUCAGCAGAGGGUCUGGCUGUGUCCAGGGAGAGGCGGCUGUCCAGGUCCCAUAGGUUUCUGUGCCUGCGAGUUGGCAAGGCCAUGAAGAAGACGUUUGUGUCCAACGCCAGCGCCUCCAUGCAGCAGUACGCCCAGCGUGACCGUAAACACGAGUACUGGUUCUCCGUGCCACAGGAGAGGUCAGACCACCUUUACUUGUUCUUCAUCCAGUGGAGCCCGGAGACAUUCGGCGACGGCAUGGGAAGCAUCAGCCGAGAGCCCGGGUUCAUGGUAGUCAAAAAAAUCGACGAACCUGAAGCUGACAACGAGCAGACGACGUCAGACUCCUCAUCCAGGGAGUGGGAGGUAGUGUCACUGAGCGAACACCACCGCCGGAUCGAUGCGCUAAACACUGAAGAUCUGCGUGCGCUGUGCAAACGGCUCCAGAUCACCACGAAGGAGGAGGUGAACUCCAAACAUGGGACAUCCAUCACAGCCAGCCUGGAGCCGGAGACCUUUAAACCCAACCUGAGUGAACCUAGCGACCUCCUGGUGGCCGAACAGAUCGAGAAGCUGGCAAAACAUCUCCCACCCAGAACCAUAGGCUAUCCAUGGACACUGGCAUUCAGCACAUCCAAGCAUGGCAUGAGUAUUAAAACCCUGUACCGGAUCAUGCAGGGGCAGGACUCUCCUGUGCUCCUCGUCGUUAAAGACAGUGACGGGCAGGUGUUUGGGGCAUUAGCAUCAGAGCCUUUUAAAGUCAGCGACGGAUUUUACGGCACCGGAGAAACCUUCCUCUUUUCCUUCUACCCACAGUUCGAGGUCUACAAAUGGACAGGUGAUAACAUGUUCUUUAUUAAAGGAGACAUGGACUCCCUGGCAUUUGGUGGAGGAAGUGGUGAAUUUGGGUUGUGGCUGGACGGAGAUCUCUACCAUGGCAGGAGUCACUCGUGCAAAACCUUUGGGAACCCGAUGCUCUCCGCCAAGGAGGAUUUUUUCGUGCAGGACAUUGAGAUCUGGUCGUUCGAGUAGGCCACUCUCUCUCCAGAAGAGCGAAGAGAGAGAGAGAUGGCUCCAGUCAGGGAAAGAAAGACAACCAGAUGUCUCUGUGCUGGCCAGAAGUGUCCCAAACCUUAAUGUGCUUCACCUCCGCUCCCAGGAAGCCUGUUUUAAAGAAGCAUAAUUUCUUUAUGCUUGUCGUAUGUUACUCCUGCAUUUAACAGAAAUCUCCUCCCCCUCCUCCCCACCACUCUCUCCCUCUCUCUCUUCUCGUGCUGUUACCAUGUGUACUUUGUUCCAAGCUUCAGUGCAAGGUGUGUUUACGUGAGCAGAAGUAAGCGGAGACGCACCGUGACAAUCAUCAGUGAGCGUUCAUGUACCGGUUACAGGGGACCACUGGAGCGCUCUGAACAUCAGACGGUGACGCUGGCGUAGGUUUGGGACGAGAUGGACCUGUUACAGCCCGAGACAGAAGGCUUCAUCCGUCAGGUCAUACUUGGAUGUCACUAAUGCAAUGGCCUCACUGGAGAUGGACAGAAACAAGAAAUGGACGUAACUACAAACACAUUCCUGUGUCGUCUGAGAAUAAAACGUUUUGACGGGUAACAGGAUCGCUUGAUUUAAGGCGGCAUCUAUAACGAGAGCAAAUAAAAUGCGAGCGUACAUCCGGGCAGGGUUUCUUCUGAAGUGAAUUAUCUGAGCGUUGUGAAUUUGUCUUUCUGUCGUUCACCAUCAUAGAUUCACCGCGGUAAAGCACAUAGCCCUUAAUCUAUGAAGAAAAAACAUCGUCGUACCGUUCUGUUCAGUGGGUUUAUGUGCGAGUUCAGCUUCCUCCGUGUGUGUGUGUGUGUGUGUGUGUGUGUGGAGGGUCGUGUGUACUGUUCGUAGACAGUAAUGUGUCGCAAUAGAUUUUGUGGAAUAUGCAAAUUACUGUUCUUGUUAACCUCAAUAAUCCAGACGGGGUCUUUUUUGUCUCCUCUUCCCGUCGUUCUUUCAAACAAACUUUUAAAAGCUUUUACGUCUCGACAAAAAAAAAAAUUUGCUUUUCAGGGUAUCGUUUGAAAAGCUCGUUUUUUUUGUUUUGUUUUUUUUCAUAAAUAUAAUGACAAUUAUAUAUUUAUGUACAUAAUUAUAUAACAAAUUAUAUAAAUAUAUAUAUGUAAUUAUAUAUUGCUGUUAAGUGUGACAGUGAUCUUUUUUUGUGCUGAUAUUUCAGCUGUUACCAAUAUAAUGUACAGUAUAUUACCCUGUAAAUUCAUGUUAAAAUAGUAGAUUUGUUCCUAUAUAUAAAUAUAUAAUUAUUAGCAGACAAAUAUGUAGAGUGUGGAUUGAUGGGUUGCUUCUAGCACUUUAAUCUAGUUCAAAGCCAGAUGCUUUCAGCUAUCUUUGCAGUAGCUGUACAGUCUUUGUUAUAAUUUGUGUGUGUGUGUUUAGAAAUGAACAGAUGUUAGCUGUUUAUGAAGAGCUUUCUGCUACACUGUUGGGAAAGUGUAGCCAAAGCCCUGAAUCUAAUGUCCGAGUCCAGUGGGGUUUCGAUUCUCUCCUCACCCGUCUCGUCCCGACGCCGUGUCUUUGUUGGUGUGUAGAUUCACUGUUCACAGGCUGAGGGAGGAUGAGGAGGGUGAUGAAGAGCAGGUAUUCAUCAGACCCUCAUCACUCUUCCCACACCAGCGAGUUCUGUCCAUGUGGAGUCACAGACGAGGUCCAGCGUGAACAAAAUGCUCCAGCUGUUUUGCUGGAAUAUAAUGUAGUGAUGUUUAAAAAAUAAAAUAAAAAAGUAUAUAAAUAAAAAUUAUUGUAACCUGAGACAAACUAUU